UGAAAAAUAUUGUAUUUCAAUUUUUUAAAUUGAAUCUUGUGAUAUUUGUACGAACUUAUCAUUUUAAAAUAGAUCAGUGUGACUGAAUAAAACAUAUUUUGUUUUGAUAGGCCUGAUUUUAACGUUGUGGAAAACCAAUCGAAACAAUGUUGGAGGUUGUAAAUGGAUUUCUGAUGAUAUAUUUCAUUAUUCUGUGUACUCUGAGCAUUUUAGUGCCAUAUCUAACAAAACCUAUUGUAGCUUGUUUUGUUAGGCCAUCCAAUGAAGAGAGAACUAUUUGGGCAGAGAUUUUAGAACUCAAGUCUUCCCAGCAAAAGAUAUCUAUGAAAGAAGAGUUUGCUGCAUACUCUAAAUUACAAAGGAAGAUAAACAAGUUAGAGUCACAGUUGAAAGAAGACUCCCAGAGCCGCAUGAGCAAGAGUUUAGCUAUUAAAAGUACUGCACAAAUAGUCGUCCAAGUUGUGGUGGGGAUAGUGACAGUUCUUUCUGUGAUUUGGUUCCGCCGGGAGCCUAUUGUAGCACUGAAAGGAGACUUAUUUCCUCUAACGACAAUACUCCGCUACCCAAGUGAAAUGCCCAAUGCUAUCUCGACACACAUGUGGGUACUUAUUUCAAAUUUUUCAAUAAGAACUCUCCUAAAACCCAUUUUAUCGUGAAGGCAGACUUCAUGAUAAUUAAAAAUAUAAUAGAGCAAAUUCAAAAUAUAUGAGUAAAAUCACAAGGGUUUUUUUCAUGUAUCUUAAUGUUGAUUGUGUGAAGUUAUGUAAUGUGAUACAUUACCUAAUUGGAAAAGCUCUUGUGUUUAAUUUUGCUGUCUUUAUUUCAAGAGAGAACUAGGAAUAAAAAAGUAUAAGUUAUUUUGAUCAUUUAUUUGAUAAACAAAAAUUAAUAUUUUAUAUUCAGUCUAAAUCUGAUCCUAAUAAUAUUUAACAUUCUUAUUAACUUUAUCCCACAACAUGCUUUAUCUUGACUAAACAAAUUCCAAUACCCAUUUUGACAGUCCACUUUUUCUAACAUUAAAAUCAGUUGACUGAAUAUAAACAAUAUGAAGUAAAAAUAACAAUAUACAGUUCCCAAAAUAAUGUGUGACUGGACAAUAAAGAAAUUCCAAGUGUGUGCAGGUAUCCUUUAAGCAAUUUACCUCCAAACUAAUAUUUACAAAUUCUAUAUCACAGCUUAAACUUACAUUGUUGUGCUAAUGUCUAUGGAAACUUAAGUACUAUGAAUUAAUAAAAAAAAAACAACUGUGUCGAGAACUAAACCUUUUUUAUAAUAUGGCAUGUGUUGACUUGUGUACAAUUUGACUGCAAUCAUU